AUGGGCAAGCCGAAGAUGGAUGCGGCGGCUCUGGCACGCAUCAAGAAGGCAAACACAGAUGUACGAGUGAACCCACCCGGCGUAUCAUGGAUACAUGUGUUCGCAACUGACAGCGGCGGCGGCAGUGGUGGCGGCGACGCAUCCAGCUCUGGCGGACAACCCGAUGGAGGUUCCGGUGAAGGUUCCGGUGGAGAUUCUGGCGGGGGCUCUGGCGGUGGCUCGAACAACUAG